UAAUAUGUCGGUGGUCGCUUUAAUUAGUUUCAGUACUGUGAAAAGGUCUAUAUGCUGACUGAGCAUGUGUCAAAACUACUUUUUCUAUGAUCUUUGAGAGAAAAGACUGGAAACUGGGCGAUAAUUGCUCACCACCUUGACAUCAAGCGAGAAUUUCUUAAGAAGUGGCUUCACCAGGGGAUUUUUAAACAAAGAUGGGAAAACACCUGAUGAAAAGCUGACAUUUACAAUGUUUGUGAUGGAAGGAAGUAAAAUAUCUAAGCACUCAAGAAGGCGUGUGCAUGAGAAGAGAAUGGCUGGAAUAAGUAGUGCUGAAGAAAGCCAGCAAAACAACGGAACGCCGGCAAAUGUUGAAAACUGCUGCCAGAAUGGACACGAAUCACUUCAAAAUGGACAUGUAGAGAGCAUGAUGAAUGGAGACAGCAGUAUGGACUCUGUUUCUUCUACUGAGAGUUCCAGUGGUGAGAUUGAUAUGAGCAGCGAAAAUGAUGUUGACUCCUGCAAGAAGGAGGAAAAGACAGAGGAGGAGGGGGAUGACAAACUGGAGGACAAAGACAAGAAAGAUCAAGAAAUUUUUGUCAUUCAGGACACCAGUUUCACCAUACAGAUUGCACUUCCAGGCAGUGAGCCCUUUGAUCUAACAGUAAGCUCCAUGGAACUGGUACAGGAGAUACACCAAUUGCUCAUGGAUCGUGAAGACAGUUGCUUUCGAACCUGCUUUUCCUUACAGCUUGAUAAUGUCACCCUGGACAACUUUGCCGAACUUAAGUCUAUUGAGGGCCUGAAGGAAGGUUCUGUUAUAAAAGUCAUGGAAGAACCAUACACUGUGCGUGAAGCCCGGAUUCAUGUUCGUCAUAUACGUGACUUGUUAAAGUCUGUUGAUCUGACUGAUGCCUUCUGUGGACUGGAUGGCAGCUCAUUAUCUUACCUCAACACUGUAACUGGUGGUGAUAUUCUUGAAAAGAAACGGGGAAAGCCAGACUCUGUGGAUUGCACACCACCAGAUUUUAUUAUGCCUGGAGCUAAGGAAUGUCCUUUACUGGCUCUUCAUCCAGGUAUUAAGGACCUAAAGGGACCUCAGUGUCUAAAGGUGUUAACAUACAGUGGCUGGAACCCUCCACCUGGCAACCGCAGAAUGCAUGGUGAUUUGCUUUACCUGUAUGUUGUGACUCUGGAAGACAAACGAUUUCACAUCACAGGUUCCACACGAGGCUUUUAUCUCAAUCAAUCAACAGAAGAUAACUUCAACCCAAAACCUGCACAACCAAAAUACCUGUCACAUUCUCUUAUUGACCUCCUGAACCAGAUCAGCCCUACUUUCAAGCGGAGUUUUGUAAUGCUGCUGAAGAAGAGGAGCCAGAAACAUCCUUUUGAACGGGUACCUACACCAUAUCAAGUGUACAGUUGGUUGGCUCCACAGUCAGAGCACCAGGUGGAUUAUAUUCGAGCUGAGGAUGCUUUCUCUACUCGCCUGGGCUAUGAAGAGCAUAUUCCUGGUCAGACACGUGACUGGAACGAGGAGAUUCAGACAACACGGGAAUUGCCUCAGUCCCAUUUACCAGAGAGACUUAUACGUGAAAGAGCUAUCUUUAAGGUGCACAGCGAUUUUGUUGCUGCAGCAACACGAGGUGCUAUGGCUGUCAUUGAUGGCAAUGUGAUGGCUAUAAAUCCAGGAGAGGAUGCCAAAAUGCAGAUGUUUAUAUGGAACAACAUUUUCUUCAGUCUUGGCUUUGAUGUCAAAGAUCAUUACAAGGAUUUUGGAGGAGAUGCAGCUGCCUAUGCAGCCCCGGGCAAUGAUCUUCAAGGUGUCAAAGCCUACUUCAACCUGGAUCCAAAGGGGCUGUACAUGUUAGGCACAGUAGUGGUGGACUAUCGAGGCUAUCGUGUCACUGCACAGUCCAUUAUUCCAGGCAUUUUGGAACGGGAACAGGAGCAGUCCGUGGUGUAUGGCUCUGCAGACUUUGGCAAAACUGUUGUCACAAACCCCAAGUAUAAAGAACUGCUUCAGAAGACUGCAUCACAGUUGAAGAUCAGACCACAUAGAGUGUUGAACAACAAAGGUGAAGAAAUUGAACUAUUUUCAUCCAUUGAAUGCAAAGGCAUUGUGGGCAAUGACCAACGGCAUUAUAUUCUAGACCUGCUGCGCACUUUCCCACCAGAUGUCAACUACCUACCUGUUGAAGGAGAGGAGUUAAGCAAGGAGAUGAUUGAGCAGGGCUACCCACGAACUCAUCGACACAAACUCGCUUGCUUACGCCAGGAGCUAAUUGAAGCAUUUGUUGAAAACCGAUAUGUUGCCUUUGUGCGUGAAGCAGGAUGCCGCUUUCAGCAGCUGCAACUUUUGAAACGAAGUGAAAACAAAGAGAAAGAGGAUACCUCUAGCAUUCAGAUUAAGCCUUUGCCCAUUAAGCCCACUUUUGACCAAAUGGUUAAUGAAAACGGUGAUCAGGAAGAUAAAUCUCAAGAGGAUAUGACUGAGGAGGCAAAGAAGAUUGUUGAAACACUCACAGGGACCAACAGUCAGACAUUUGAAGAAAAUACUAAAGAGGUUGUCAGAAAGGCUGCCCAGCUGGUGGGGUCGCUCAGUGACACAGAAUUCAGCAUUGCCUUCAACCCAGAUGUCUUCCAGCCUCAUGUAGUUCAUACUGAUGCCGAGGGAGAAAACUUCAGACGAGAGAAACAGUUAGUAAAAGAUGCAGCAGAGUUCCUUGUACUGCAACAAAUUCCAAGCUUUGUCAAAGACUGCCAUGACCAUUCUUCUUCGCCCAUAGAUGGUGUUACGCUCUCUGAGGCUAUGCAGGCAAGGGGCAUCAACAUGCGCUAUCUUGGGAAGGUAGCUGAAAUGCUUGCCAAGUAUCCAUCAGUUCAGUAUGUUCAUACAAUAGCAAUCUGCGAGCUGAUCUGCCGAGGGGCAAAACACAUCUUCAAAUGUUGCAUGCAGGGUAUUGACAUGAUGAAUAUAUCAGCAGCCAUUAGCCACUUCCUGAACUGCUUGAUUGGUUCCUAUCCAUUUCCUCAUGUCCAAGUCACUGCAGAUGAGUCGAGAGCAACUAAGAAGAAAAGCAAGAAGCGCAAUAAGCAAAGCGCUGUCUUCAGUAAUGACAGCAUUGAAUGGUUGUUGGAAACACCUAAGUCCUUGUGGAAGAAAAUUGUGGAUGAAGUAGAAGAGUACUAUGGUUAUACAUUAGAAUGUGACUCUGUGGACACUGCUUGUGAACGCUAUGGUAUGCAGCGUAUCUCCUUGCUGCGAGGAUUCUCUAGAGCAGUUGGUGUUCAGCUGCUGUUACGAGAGUAUCACCUAGAUAUUCGCAACAAACAGCUGUUCACUGAGGAGGACAUCAUCAAUGUCUUCCCAGCUGUCAAACAUAUUCAUCCUAAGGCUUCAGAUGCAUAUCACUUCUUCACAAGUGGGCAAGGAAAAAUCCAGCAGGGCUUGCUGCGAGAAGGCUAUGAGCUGAUUAGUGAGGCCCUCAAUCUUCUUAAUAAUGUGUAUGGACCAAUGCACUCUGAAGUGGCUGCAUGUCUCCGUCUUUUGGCACGACUGAACUACAUUAUGGGAGACUAUCCCGAGGCAAUGUCACAUCAGCAGAGGGCAGUGUUAAUGAGUGAGCGUGUUCUGGGCAUUGACCAUCCCAACACCAUCACCGAAUAUGCCCACCUUGCUCUCUACUGUUUUGCCAACAAUCAGGUGUCCAGUGCUUUGCGUCUCAUGUACCGAGCACGAUACCUGGCAUUGCUGUGCCAUGGGGAAAAUCAUCCUGAGAUUGCACUCAUUGAUACCAACAUUGGUUUGAUUCUUCAUGCUGUAGAAGAAUAUGAUCUGUCCCUUCGUUUUCUGGAGCAUGCUCUUACACUGAACAUAAGGUAUUACAAUGCUAAUAGUCUUAAAGUGGCUAUGACCUACCACCUUGUUGCUCGGACACAUUCUUGUCGUGGAGAAUUCCGUGAUGCUCUGCGACGUGAAAAGGAGGCCUUUGCCAUAUACAGAAAAAUGCUUGGAGAAGAACAUGAAAGAACAAAAGAGAGCUCAGAGUGCCUGAAGCACCUUACACAGCAGGCUGUGGUUCUACAAAAAAAGAUGAAUGAAAUCCAAAAAGGUGACAAGACCACAAGCUUUCCACCUAUCCAGAUUCAGACACCAUCAUUGUCCAGUGUUCUUGAUACACUUAAUGUCAUUAAUGGCAUUGUCUAUGUACAGAUCAGUCAAGAUGAACUGGAAAAGUUUAGACAGGAGAUGGCCAAACGAGAGCCCACAGGCAAAGAUGAUGUAAAACUCAAUGGGCAGGAAUCAGAAGAUGAUACAAAACUCAACGGGGAAAAGGGGUGUGAAACAAAUGAAACAGAGAAAAAGGCUGCUGAAGAGACAGAUGAGAUGUGCUCCAUGCAGAUUUGUGAACAUUUGGAAAAUGGAAGUAUUCAGUGUCAUAUGCCAGAGGAGUUGAUCGCUGGGCGUUAGAAGGUGGGUGUGGCCAGUGUAUCUGUGUUCUGCUUCUGGUCUGGUUAUAUCAUGGUUAUUUGCUGCUACUGUGAAAACUGUUCAUGAUAGUGCCAGUGGCUGGGCUGUUAGCAGUGUGACAGCCCUUACAAGGACUCAAAACACUCAAACAAAAUCUUGGAGAGAUCUGCAGUGUGUUUGUAGGGCUGUAGUAUGCUGCAGAUCAAGGCACAACUUGACCUAUGGUGUAGCCUGCAAGUUUGUCAUGUGUGCAUUCUACCCAUACUACAAGAAACUGUGUUUGCUAGAAGUGGAUGAUCUACAAGUCAGAACUUUGCUAGUAAUUCUCCAUUUCAGGAGAUCCAGAGAGGAAUAAAAGUGUUAGUCCAUCUGGGCAUGCAAGUGUGUUAUAAAAAGUACUGAAACUGAAGUGGGAGCAUCACCCGAAUGAGUUUUUUUUUGGUGCUUUGAUCUGGCCAGAACUCAGCCUAGACCAUUCUCAACAAGUGCUAAUGAUUGAGUAUUCUGUUUAUGAAAUAUACAGAUUAAUUUUUUUUCUUCUUGCUGUAAAAGGUGCUCAUCCAUCAGGACACCAGUCAUCUCCUCUUUGGUGAGAUGACCAUAAUAAGAGUCAAGUGUUUAACAGUUACAUGAAACAAAAUAUGUUUUAAAAAUAUCUUUGGCUCCUUGAAGAGGGGAAAAUUCUUGGGCAUUUUUUACAGCAUUAGUGCAUGGAAGUAUUCUGUUAGCAAUUAACAUCUAUAAUAACACUUUAUGAGAGUUGUAAGGAAAUAAGUGAAUUUUCCAAAGCUAGUUUUUGUGGCCUUAUGCACCAAAUAAUUCAUCAAUGCUAUCUUUCUAUCUUCAUUUGCUCUUGCUUAAAAAUGUUAUUUAUGCUUUUCUUUAAUUCCAUUUUAAUUGCAGCAAUAGAAUUUAUUGUUGCAUAUAUGAAUUCCUUUUGUUGAAUGCCAGAAAGUUUGUUGUUUUUUCUUUUGGAAUCAUGAUAUUUAGCUGAAGAAGGCACAAAGGCCAUAGAAGCCAACUCUUAGCAGGAAAAGAUCUAGAAAUUGCUGCAGAACAACUUUAUAAUUUUCCUGAAUUUUAUAUGAAGGAUUUCAGUAGAAAGAAAAUGCCACAAAAGUAUGCUUGUGAAAGAAGUAGGAUUUACUUCAAAAAUGUGUGUUGGCUCAGGUUUACCAGAAUUUUUUGUAUGUUGGCAUCUCUGAACUGUCACAGACGGAAAUACUUCCCUCCCUAUGCAAUCCAAGUCUUCCUGUUAUCUAUCACUUAAGAACAUCUCCACGUGCAGUAUUGUUAUUGCUUUAGUAUCCAAAAGACGCUAUUUACCAGUGUUUGUAAACAUCCUGACUUUUUAUACAAGUCAUUAAGUUUCUAGUGAAAGAACACCUGCAGAUUUUUGUUUUUUGUUCUAGGGAAUACUAAUUUUUGAAUGUGAGAUUGGCUUUUGUAGUAACAGAAGCUGAGGUGAUAGAGAUAUUGAGAUUAUAUUACUAUUAUACUGCACUUGUGUGUUAUGCAAGAAUUGUUGCGUUAUGCAUGACAUGAAAAUGCCUGGUGGCUGAUGUCUGUGGAAUGUCAAUGUUGAGAAACUAUGUAUGGGCAGAUCAUAGCUUGAGUGAAAUGGAGUGAAAUGGUUGUGGCAGACAUGAGUUGCAUGCUGAGCUAUUGACAAAUUGUGAAUAGCAGUUGUUAAUAUAUGAGUGUAUAUUGAACAGCAAAGGUUUAUUUUCAAGAGGAGUGCUACAGUGAUAUGUAAGGUCCAAUACAGUGAUUAUUGUUGUACAUAUUUUAUCCAAUGAAAAAGCAUUGGUCCAUGCGUAAAAUGAUUUCAUUGGCUGGUUCUGAUUGCAUUCUGUUUAGAAGUCUGUCUGCAUGCAUAUCAGUGUUUAGCUCUCAUAUCAGAAUGCUGACUCAAGAGCUAGAUAGUGCCCUUAGGGUGAUAUUGAAAUCUGAUUUUACAUUGCCAACAGGCCUGAACACAUUUGUACACACUGGCAGCUUUCUGGUAAACUGGAACAAGUUGCUUACACUUAGGGGAAUUGUCUAGGUAUUUUGGUGUUUGCACAGCACCAUCCUACUGCUACAGAGAAUUUGAAAACAUUAACAUAUUCUACAACUUCCCACUGCCUUUAAGGGAAAGAAAUUAUAAAAGGCUGAAGUUCCAGACCAUAUGCAUGAUUGUUGUCCCUUGCAAGGCAUGUUUUUGUUUGUUUUCCUUCCCAUAGAAGAGCCAGGUUUUUGCAACAGGCUACUGGAUCCUCUACCCUUGCUCUGAAUGGUAGCUGCAGUCUGCUUGGUGCUGAUUUGGAACUCCCUACACAGCCUUGAGCUCAGUGGCAGUGAUUUCACGUUGGAAGAUAGUGAGGGCUUCCUGUGUUUUUAAUGCAUAGCAAGUUUUGAACAUUCCAGUGGCUGCCAUUCCUGAAGACAUUGCAUCACAUCUCUGGCAAUAGGUAAGCUGUUCGCCACUCACUAGCACCUCCUAACUGAUGAACAGUCUAGCCUUUGUGACAUCGCUUGAGCUUGCUACAAUCAGAGCAUUUUAUAAGGCAUCUUGUGUCACAAAUCUCAUGUACUGAUGAACAGGUGUCUUGAGAGUGAAAAAAGGCCAAACAGAUUUACCACCCCUGCUUAUGUUACAACUAAGUUGAACUUUGAAGUUGGUGUGGUAGAAUCACUAAGGCAGCACAUUAAAUCUCACUGCCUGGAGUGUCUUAAGAUAUGUAUAUGGCUUACCAGACAUUUCCAUUAUGUUGCCAUAGAACCCCACUGUAAUUCUCCUUAGAGUCAAGCUCAUACAGAAAAGGUAGCUAGUCAAGGAUUCUUGUUUCCAGUGUGUCUAAAAAAAAAAUUGUGCGUUUUCUUUGUUUAACAAUCGUAAAAAGUUUGUGCAUCUAUGUCAUAUAUUUGAUUUUUGUUUUGUUGUGUGGCCCAGAAAAUGCAUGCCUUUCACAUAUAAUCAUGAUCAAACAGUUUACUUUAUUAAUAGUGAAAAGUAACCAAGGUAGCAUUUUUUUUAAAAUCUAGCAUAAGAACAUUCAUUCUAAGAAUUUGCAUGAAAAUAAAGCAUCAUACCCCACUUUACCCGUCGAGCGGUAGUUUUAGGUGUGUGGAGGUAACUGUGAUUGUGCAAGCUAUUAUCCACAUGAAGACAUAGCAAAGCUGCAGGCAGUAAUUUUGAUAACUUGGAUUUGAUGUUCGUAAAACAAGCCAUGUACAUAAAAAUUCUAUAAGCUGAGUUGUGAUUCAUACCCCACUGGGCACUUUUGUAAAACUAUACUCCUUACCAAGGUAGCCUUUCAGUUUCACUUGAAGUCUGGUGGAUGCUGUGAAGUACAGGGCAUCAUUGUAACCAUCAUCUUUGGCAGCAGAAGCUGAAGUGCAGAACUCGUAAGAGGGUUAAACCAUCCGAGGCUUGUUUUUUGUGCUUACAGUAAAGUGCCUAGUGGCUUUCUUCCAGAAAACUGCUGAGCAUGUCACGAUUUUGCUGUUGUAGUCAGGUCAUUAGAACAUUCCCGCAGGGCUUUAUUUGUUACUGUUGAUUUUUCUGAGUGUAUUAAAAUUUGUUUUGGCAUGACUAUUUGCUUGGUAAAACCUUGUUGAAAAAUAUUUAUCUAGCUGUAUGUUAUGAUGCAUCAGGACUUGAGAUGUAGACUCCUAGGAAAUCAAAAUUUUGUUGAGAUUGUCCAUAUCACUGUUUCUGAUUCAUGUGAUUUAUGUAGUAUUGAUGCAUUUAUAGGUGCCCAACAAACUUUUUUUUCAAUGUGAAAACCCCGGAAAAAGAGCAUGUAUCAUGGACAAUCCUGUCAGUUUGAUCUUUAUUUCCCUUGUGAUUCCAGUUAGCUGCUCACAGCUCAAAGAAGCCAGAAAGGUAGCAGUCUUAGGAUCAGACCACUUCUUUUUGUUACAGUUAACAAUUGUGCCAACCCACCUUUACUUGUGAUGGUUUCUUUGUUCCUGAUUUGCUGAGGCAACUCUUGCUAAAUUCCAACCCUCAAAUGUAUAUAACACAUCACAUGCCACAUAAUGUCCAUGCUCUCUUUCUACUCUUUACUCAUCUCUCUUUUCUCUCACCCUCUCAUGAUUAUCAUCCUUUUGCAGUUAUUGUUCAUUAAGAUUGUAGAGGAUUGUUAUAUCUUGGCGGUUUUUGGAUGAAAGUUUUAAUUUCCUGCUUGGAUGUCACAUUGACUUGCCAUGAGGGAGUAUAGAAUUCUUGAUUAUUUUUUUUUUAAUAAUGAGGACAUUUAUCAUUGUAUUUUCAUCAUAGCCAGACAUAUGCUUGCAGUGCUUUAUAUUUACAUCAUUUUACAUUUUUUGGUGUGCACAUGAUUUGGGAAAACUUUUUUUUUGUUUCUGGAGAAAAUGUACAUAUGUGUGAUUUAGUGCAUGAUGAAGUAGGGAUGUUGAUAGCGGUGGUCUCAUGGUGCUAGAACUUAGCACAUUGGGAAUGCUUUCAUACACUCUAUUUUAUGAGCUGGCUUCCCUUUAACACUUGUUUUAGCAACAUAGAGUGUUGCAUGCUGCAUUGUACAAUUGUUUUUUCUUAUGCCAGAUCUCAAGUUACAUAGCAAAAUAUUGAGAAACAUCAGCCUUGGUUCAAACACUUGAUGCUUUUGACUGCAUUACAAUAACAAAGAUGUGUUCUGUAUGGUAUUCAGUGUAAUGAAAGCUACUUACAGAUAAUUUGAACACAGAUUAUCAGCAGGUAUUAUGAAAGAAUGUUAAAGGAAUCAAACCUUCAGUGUAGAAAAGUAGUGAGAUUAAAUCUUGACACCAAAGGGUUUUUUGUGGGUUUCAUUGUAAACAUAUAUCAUUUUGGUAAUUAUUAGUCAACAUUUAUCAUUUUGAUGAUUGGUUGCUAUGUUGUUGAUGGGUUGUAUGCUACCAUUUGUGCCGUGAUUGGGGGUAUGCUAAAGUACAGUUUGCUAGGGUGUAAGCAAGGAGAACCAGAUGAUAGAGUAGACUUGACGGCUUGUUAUAUGCAGUGCUGUAGAUGCAGUGAGUUCUGGUUGUAAUCAAGAAGUUUGAUUUGUAAAAGUGACUAAUAAAGUGAAAAGAAGCUUGA